AUGGGAGGGAAACAUGGAGAGAAUCACCAGGCUUUGCUCAAUGAGGGAGAGAAAGCCGAAAUGGAGAUGUUUGGCUUCAAGACCCACGGCAUCCGGAGGGCCUUGUGCAUUGCCGGGUACGUCCUGUCCUGCGGCGUUCUCCUGCUCGUCUUCUACUGGAAGCCGGCCUGGGACGUGUGGGCCAACUGCGUGCCGUGUGACUUGCGAGAGGCGGACGUGGUGUUGCUCAGAACCACGGAUGAAUUUCACGUUUAUUCCCGGAAGAAGGUGACCUGGGCCUCUCUGCCCUCCCAGGACUAUAUUCAUCCCGAUUCUCCUGUGGUUGCUGAUGAAAGUUCCCUUUUGAACAAGGUCGUCAAGAAGCCGGAGUGGAAAGUGAGAUGCCUCCAGGUGCAGAAGAUCCGAUAUGCCUGGGACCUUGCCGCCCAUCGGUUCCAGAAGGUCGGAGUCCUUGAGGAAAGCCACACCUGCACGGAGAUUCAUGCGAAGUUUGGGUCCGGGCUGCCCCCCAAAGAGCAAGAUGUCAGGAAGCUGAUCUGUGGACCCAACGCCAUCGCCGUGGAGAUCACGCCUAUUUGGAAGCUGCUGGUCAAGGAGGUCCUCAACCCGUUCUACAUCUUCCAGCUCUUCAGCGUCUGCCUGUGGCUGGCGGAGGAUUACAUCGAGUACUCGGUGGCCAUCGUCCUCAUGUCUCUCCUGUCCAUUGCCCUGACGGUCUACGACCUCAGGACGCAAUCCGUGAAGCUGCAUCGACUUGUGGCAUCUCACAACAGCCUCCCGGUCAAGGUGUGCAGGAGACAGGCAGGUUUGCAAGAGAUGGAGUCACACCACUUGGUGCCCGGAGACCUGCUGGCCCUGGAAGGUGGCAAAAUGAUGCUGCCCUGUGAUGCCAUCCUGAUCAGUGGCACGUGCAUUGUGAACGAGGGCAUGCUGACGGGGGAGAGCAUUCCUGUCACCAAGACCUGCUUGCCCCGAGACAACGGUCAGCAGCCCUGGCAGAUGAGCUGCGCGGACGAUUACCGGAGACACGUCCUAUUCUGCGGCACCGAGGUCAUCCAGGCCAAGGGAGAUGGCAAGGAGCCCGCGAAGGCUGUGGUGCUUCGGACCGGUUUCAACACUGCCAAAGGGGAGCUGGUGAGGUCAAUCCUGUACCCCAAACCCAUGGAUUUCCGGCUCUACCGAGAUGCCAUCCGGUUCCUCAUGUUCCUUAUCGGAACUGCUGCCAUUGGGAUGGUUUACGCCGUGUGCGUCUUUACGCUCAGUGGGGAAGAGGCCGGAGAGGUGGUGAAGAAGGCCCUGGACGUGAUCACCAUCGCCGUCCCUCCCGCUCUCCCUGCCGCCCUGACCACGGGGAUCAUUUACACUCAGAGGCGUCUGAAGAGAAAAGGGAUCUUCUGCAUCAGCCCCCAGAGGAUCAACGUGUGCGGCCAGCUCAACCUCAUCUGCUUCGACAAGACUGGCACUCUCACGGAGGAUGGGCUGGACCUCUGGGGACUUGUCCUGGCCAAAGGACAGAGCUUCCAGGAUGUCUGCAGCCUCUCCUCCUCUGGGGGUCCGGUGCCCUGGGGCCCGGCCUGCGGGGCCAUGGCGAGCUGCCACUCCUUGGUGCUUCUGGACGGCACGAUCCAGGGAGAUCCGCUGGACCUGAAGAUGUUUGAGGUGACUCGCUGGGAAAUAGAGGAUUCCAAGGACGACGGGGGCCAAGCUGGAGAACUGGCGCCUGCCAUGAUCGUCAAACCGGGGCCCAAAGCUGGCCACGUCCCCACGGGAGGGAUCGCCAUCCUGCGCCAGUUCCCAUUUUCUUCGGCACUGCAGAGGAUGUCUGUCGUUGCGUGGGAAUUUGGCGGGGACCACCACGUCUUCAUGAAGGGGGCUCCAGAGAGAGUGGCCGGCUUCUGUUGCCCCGAAUCAGUCCCCCCCAGCUUCGCCAGCCAGCUCCAGCUCUACGCGAGUCGAGGCUUCCGAGUCAUUGGGCUGGCGCACAAGAGCUUGCAGGCAGGAGUGCCAACAGCUUCCCUCACAAGGGAUGAGGUGGAAUCCGACCUGACCUUCUUGGGCUUCCUGAUCAUGGAGAACCGCCUGAAGAGCGAGACCCGGCCUGUCUUGGAGGAGCUCACGGCCGCCCGCAUCCGGAGCGUCAUGGUCACAGGGGACAACAUCCAGACGGCCAUUACGGUCGCCAGAAAUGCUGGCAUGAUUCUGCAGGACAGCCAAGUGAUUCUGGUGGAGGCCAGCGCCCCUGCGGGGCAUCCCUCGGCAUCUAUCACCUGGAAGCUCUUGGAGGAGGGAAAAAUCAACAGCCCCAGCGGACCACAGGACAGCCGCGCAGCCCGGGGAGCAGGGGCCCCCUCCACUGUGGGGGGCAGCAAGUUCCAUUUCUGCAUGAGCGGGAGCUCUUACGCGGUCAUCAUGGAGUUCUUUGGCCAUUUACUCCCAAAGCUCCUCCUGAACGGGACUGUCUUUGCCAGAAUGUCGCCUGCUCAGAAGGCCAGCCUGGUGGAAGAGUUCCAGAAGAUGGACUACUUUGUGGGCAUGUGCGGAGACGGAGCCAACGACUGCGGGGCGCUGAAAGUGGCCCACGCCGGGAUCUCCCUGUCCGAGCAGGAGGCCUCCGUGGCUUCGCCCUUCACCUCCAGGACCCCCAAUGUGGAGUGCGUGCCGGAACUGAUCAGACAAGGCCGGGCAGCGCUGGUGACCUCCUUUGGCAUGUUCAAGUACAUGGCCCUCUACAGCGUCAUCCAGUACCUGGGAAUUCUGCUGCUCUACUGGCAACUCAACUCCUUUGGAAACUACCAGUUUUUGUUCCAGGACCUGGCCAUCACCACCCUCAUCGGGAUGACCAUGAGCCUGAACGGGGCCUACCCCAAGCUGGUCCCCUUCCGCCCCGCCGCCCGCCUCACCUCCCCGCCCCUGCUGCUGUCUGUGGUGCUGAACCUCCUCUUCAGCCUGGCCCUGCAGGUCUCCGGCUUCGUGCUGGUGCAGCGGCAGCCCUGGUACUCGGCUGGCGACGUGCUCAGCGCCUGCUCUCCUGGGAACACGAGUCACACGGGAGACAACGGGACCAGAGAGGGCACGGGCAAGGAGGAGGAGGAGGAGGGCGGCUACCGGAGCUACGAGAACACCAGCGUGUGGCUGCUGAGCACCAUCAACUGCCUCCUGGUGGCCGUGGUCUUCUCCAAGGGGAAGCCCUUCAGACAACCCAUGCAUAAGAACUACGUGUUUGUCGUGGUGUUGGCGGCGCAGCUGGCCGUCUGCCUCUUCUUCCUCUUCGCCAACCUGGAUGAGCUCUAUGCCCGGAUGGACCUGGUGUGCACCCCCCUGGUUUGGAGGAUCGCCCUGCUUGUCAUGUUGGCAGUCACCUUCGCCGUCUCCUUCACUGUGGAGGAGGUGGUUAUCGAGAACCGGGCCCUGUGGAGCCUGCUGAAGAGAGUCCUUGGCUACCAGUCCGCGAGCGCGUACCAGAAGCUGAGGAGGGCCGUGGAGAGGGACCCGGCGUGGCCUCCCCUGGGCAAGACGGACUUCUCCGAGUUGGUGGCACUCCCCCUGGGCGGCUGCAGGGAAGCCUACGCCAACCCAGCCUUCGAGAGCCACGAGGAGCCACCCUCCGGACUUCACCCCUAA